GGUAGGGUUUACUAAGAGAGCACGAGUCCUCCGGAAGGUUCAGUGCGAAACGCGCUCUCGAACUCGAAGGAUCAUUCGAGCAUUCUUUGAUUCCCCACCGCUUCUUUCAACCAACCGCCGACCAACGCACUUUUAAGACUUUAAGAAAGAGAGAGGCUUUCCUUGGGCUACCAGCGACACGCAACACGCUGUUUCAUCGCUGCUGCUGGCUGCUGUUGUUGUUGCAGACACCUUCGAAUCCUUCUCCGAAGGGUUCUCGAUGAGCGCCGAUCUCGAGGCUCGAGCGUCAAUCGUUUGGGAUCACAGUCGCCGGUCGGAUCGAGCGGAUCUUGGACGACACUGAACGGAGAAGAGGACUCGAGUCGACGGGAUGAUCGACAGGACGUGUUUCGCGGUCCUUCUUGGACUCCUGGGUCUGGUUUGCGGCUUGCAAUGCCCGAAACAGAGGACAUCACCGGGCAGGGAAGUUGUGUGCUACACUUCCGUUUCCGACGUCGACCAGCUGACAGAGGCCGUUUGCAAAUGCACCACUCUGGUUCAACAAGGCCACGACGUGCGAAAUCUUUCGCUUUCCGAAUUCGAGGGCUUUCAGAAGUCGUUGAAGAAGAUCAGUCCGUGGUUGCAGUUCGUGGUUUCCGUGGACGAUCCUGGGAGAACGCUGAGGACUUCCGGUACCGUUCGUCAAGAGAUCAUCGCUCGUUUGAUGGGAGUUUUGAAAGAGAUCGACGGAGUCGAAUUGAACGUGACUGCCGGAUCGAAGGAACGUCUGGUGCACUUUGUGAAGGGUUUGAAAGACGAACUGGUGAGAAAAUCGUACGACAGUAGACUGUUCUUGGUUCUACCGACAAACUCGGAGGAACUGGCCAAACAGUUCGAUCUAAAGGAAUUGACCAAGUAUGUGGAUCUGUUCACCGUCCCGACGCACUAUUUGAUCGAAGAUGACGCGACCCGUCGCACUUUUCAUCCGUCACGAUUGAUGGGCCUCUUCGACAUGUUCAACGCCGACAGUUUGAUCGACUUGAUCAGCGGAUUAGGCGUGCCUAAGAGGAAGAUCCUGAUAUCGUUGCCGGCCAGCGCGUACAAGUUCACGCUGAAGGAUCAGGACGACAAUGCCCCCGGGGCGCCGGCCGAGGAGAUCCAGCCGGUUAUCGUUGAUCAGAAAGAGCUAUGCGAUUUAAUGAACAAAGGUGAAUGGACAGUGGAGAGGGACGAAGAUCUUACCGCUCCUUACGCGUUCAAAGAUAAAACGUGGAUCGCCUUCGAAGACAGGAUAUCGGUUUCUAUAAAAGGAAAGUACGCUCUGAUCCGAGAGCUUCCUGGAUUGGCUGUUCACGGCGUCGAGAACGACUUUAAAACAAAGUGCGGGAUACCUCUCACGCACGAGGUUCACCGCUCGUUCUCGAGUUUCAAGAGGAAAUCGAGGGCCGCCGUUUUGAACUCUUUGGAAGAUGAUUUACACCAAACCGAGCUCGAGUAUUCGACCAAAGUCAAGUCAUCCGAUUUCCGAGUGGUCCGCGUCGUGGACACCGAGGGACACAUCAGAGUGGUUCGAGAGAACACGCAGACAGAGUUCACUUGCUCCAGGCAGGGCUACUUCGUCCACCCGAAGAGUUGCAACAGAUUCUAUCGAUGUGUCAAAUUCAACCAAGAAGUGGAGGACUACUCCGUGUUCGAGUUCGAUUGUCCAGCAGGUCUGUCGUUCGACGAGCGUACCGAAGUCUGCGUUUGGCCAGGAUCUCUGCCUGAAGGGUCACCGUGUCCAGGAAGCAGCGAAAUCGCGCCAGUGCCUCGAGUGAGGUUCGAGUGCCCUUCCAAAUCUGGCUACUACGCGGAUCCACAAAAUCCUCGUUGGUUCUUCGCCUGCGUCGAUCUAGGAGGGCCCGAAAUAACGGCUUACGAAUUCCGUUGCCCGUUCGGUUUGAUCUUCGACGAGCAAAAGUUGAUUUGCGAGUGGCCGUGGUUGGUACCGGGCUACUCCGAUACCGCUUACACGAGAUCGGAAUACUACGGCACUGGCACUACCGCGGGUACUGGUGGAUACUAUACAGGAGAAUUACCUUAUGGUUACGCGGGAAGCAAGAGUGGAGGAGGGUAUACUGGUUCGACGGUUGCCACUGGAUCAGGAUUUUCUGGAGCAGCUGGAGUUAGAGGAUCACCGUUUGGACAAGGAACAGGAUAUGCUGGAUCAGCAGGAGCCAGUCAUGGAACAUCGUACAGUGGUCAAGGAUCCGGUGCAUACACUGGAACAACUGCAAGUGGCUACUCUGGAAUAGGAGCAAUCGAUCAUGGAACUUCUUAUACUGGUCAGGGAUCUGGUGUGUAUUCUGAAACGAUUGGAAGUGGAUACUCUGGAGCAGGAACUGCGCACGGAACUUCAUACACUGGCCAAGGAUCGGGUGUAUAUUCUGGAACACCUGGAAGUGGAUAUUCUGGAGCAGGAGUUACACACGGAACUUCAUAUACUGGUCAAGGAUCAGGAAGUGGAUAUUCUGGCACAGGAGCUACGCAAGGAACUUCAUACACUGGCCCAGGAUCGGGUGUAUAUUCUGGAACACCUGGAAGUGGAUACUCUGGAGCAGGAGCUACACACGGUACUUCAUACACUGGCCAAGGAUCAAGUAUAUAUUCUGGAUCACCUGGAAGUGGAUAUUCUGGAGCAGGAGUUACACACGGAACUUCAUAUACUAGUCAAGGAUCGGGAAGUGGAUAUUCUGGCACAGGAGCUACGCAAGGAACUUCUUUCAUUGGUCAAGGAUCAGGUGUAUAUUCUGGAUCACCUGGAAGUGGAUAUUCUGGAGCAGGAGUUACACACGGAACUUCAUAUACUGGUCAAGGAUCAGGAAGUGGAUAUUCUGGCACAGGAGCUACGCAAGGAACUUCUUUCACUGGUCAAGGAUCGAGUGUAUAUUCUGGAGCAACUGGAAGUGGAUACUCUGGAGCAGGAGCUACGCAAGGAACUUCAUACACUGGCCCAGGAUCGGGUGUAUAUUCUGGAACACCUGGAAGUGGAUAUUCUGGAGCAGGAGUUACACACGGAACUUCAUAUACUGGUCAAGGAUCAGGAAGUGGAUAUUCUGGCACAGGAGCUACGCAAGGAACUUCUUUCACUGGUCAAGGAUCGAGUGUAUAUUCUGGAGCAACUGGAAGUGGAUACUCUGGAGCAGAAGCUACGCAAGGAACUUCAUACACUGGCCCAGGAUCGGGUGUAUAUUCUGGAACACCUGGAAGUGGAUACUCUGGAGCAGGAGCCACACAUGGAACUUCAUAUACUGGUCAAGGAUCGAGUGUAUAUUCUGGAGCAGGAGGGUUUGGACAUGAAACUUCAGGAUCCGGUAUAUACUCUGGAACAACUGGAAGUGGAUAUUCCGGAGCAGGAGGAGUUACACAUGAAACAUCAUAUACUAACCAAGGAACAACUGGAAGUGGAUAUUCCGGUUCAGGAGCUGAUCAUGGAUAUUCAGGAACUGGAACAAGCUACAGUGAAACAGGACAUUAUGGAGGAUCUCGAGGUAAAGAAUAUUCAGGAGGAACGAUUGGCACUGGAUACACAGGAGUUGGAAGCAUUGGACAUGUAGGAACGACUGGAUCUGUUGCACCUGGUCAAGGAUAUACGGGAAAAGGUUUCGUCGGUCACGACACUAGUGCUGGAGGAUAUUCAGCAACGAAGGGAGGAUCUACUGGAGGAUACGCUGGAACCAGUAGUGGAACUCACAUUAUUGAUCACACUGGAUCAGGAGGUUAUCCCGGCUCGACAGGAUCUUCCGCUGGAAUUGGCUAUUCCGGAACUGGUUCCGCAGGCAUAACUGGAUAUUCCGGACAGACAUUUGGUUCUGGUCAAUCACAAACGCCAGUUUAUCCUUCCUCUGGUGCACCUGGAACUGGAUUAGAACACGGUGUAACCGACAUAUAUUCACAGACACCUCGACCCCUUUUCGCGGAUAAGCCUCAGACACCAACCUGCGUUACUAUCAAUUGUUAUGGAUUUUCUCAACCGUCAGAUGGUCAGACCAUUGUAACAGGCUACGUUCCAAGCCACGGAGCUACUGGGACGAACAUUUACCAAGGCACAACUGGAUUUUCCAGAGGCUUAAACGCCACUUUUGGCAGUCACGUACCUUCCAUUGGAGGUGUAACGUAUUACGGAGGCGUUACGCCUACCGGUAGCUUUGGAGUUGCGACAGAUACAGGUGGUAUCGUAACAGGACACGGCAUCCAAGGAUCGAUUAUCACUGGAGACUCCACUCCAGGGACACUCAUCAGCCACGGAGGCGCUUCUGGCACUGUUUUCACAAGUUCUUCGAAUCAAGGCAGCAUAACAACCGGGGAAAAUCAUCCUGGAUACACGAAAACUGGUCCUGGGUCGCCUGGAUACGUGAUCAGUGACGGAGUGAAAACUCUGUUCCCGGGUUCAGCCAGUCCUGGAACGACGAUAUACGGAACACCUGCACCCGGUGUCGUAGUAGCUGAAACACCUUUACCUGCAACUGUCAUAAGGGGUCAACCGAGUCCUGGAAUAGUCCUCACGGGACAGACAGUUCCUGGAGUGUCUAUCGGUGGAUCUAUCGUGCCAGGAACAGUCGUUAGCUCCUCGGCAGACUUUGCACACGGUGGUUUAGAUUUCUCGACCCCAGGAUCGCCGUUUGGAACAAAGAUUGGAACCACACCGUCGACCUUCGAUACCGGUUACAAGACCAACGAGUACCACGAUAACGGAGGACGCGGUACCAUUAGAUUUAACAACGGCGACGUGACCACCAAGUACACGGAGAACGAUAUUCCAGAUUACAGGCCAACCGGUGGCGCGAUUCCUCCAGAUACUCUUCUUCCAGGAAGGAAAGGUCCCGGUGCUAUUUCUACUGGAUUCACUAAAACUGGACCUACCAAAACAGGUUUCACGACUGCUACUUUGGGCGCUGGUGGUAGUUACGUGAUUAGCACUGGAAGAACAAGUCCUGCUCCGAAUCCUGACCACAUUGGCGCGAAAGCUUUCGAAGGUAAUGUGGCGGGAUACACGAAAUCGUCCACCGAAAGCAGCGCCAACGCUUACACGGGAGCAACUUCCACGUACAGACCAAACAAUUUAGGCUAUUCUUAUCCUACGCCCAGCAUUCCGUUCGACACGGGAGUCACGAAGAAUUUGCCCAUUUCUUCGACAGAGAGCGGCGUCGUUGGUAUAACUACUCCAACGCCGUUCUUAAGCGUCGAUAUAUACAACACACCGAAAUUCGGCGAGAUUACCGGUUCGCCCACAGUUGCGAGCACGUACCCAAGGCCAAGCGGUUUCACGCGAGCACCGACUGCAACUAGUACACCCUUGCUCUACACCACUGGACCACUGGAGAAUUACAAAACGACCGUCUUCGAAGCGGCUAGGAUCCCUGUUACUGUUUCUACGGUUCAACCACUGAUCGACACUGGAUACAAGACUGUAGUAUCACCCACACAAGUGCCUGUGACCAUAAGUCGAGACAAAUUUGGUACUGGGCCUGAGUUUAGAACAACGACCUCUCGACCUGGUGGAACAACUGUGUUUAAAGUAUCGUCAAAGUAUCCUGUUGGGGAACCACAGUACGACUAUGGACCUACCACUCCAUCACCAGCCAUUGGAGUAACUUACGGAAUACCAUUCUCAUUGCCCGGUGUCAGCUAUCAACAAUCAACGCCGCUUCCAUCUGGUUCGCCUACGAACGUGGCGAUUGGCAGAGAGGAAGUUGGAAAGCUCGUUACCAACUACAACAGAGGCACCACCAAAUACGUUCCGAGCCAAUUCGACGAUGGUUACGCGAUCAGUCGACAGAAUUAUGGCUCGUCGACGACGACUUACUCUGCAGGAUACUCCAGGUCAUCUUCUCUCACAACGUAUCAGACAACCGACAAGUCCACGGCCGUUGGACGAGGCAAAGUGAUCGUGAAGUGGAGCGAUCUGCACCCUAUCCUCCUGGGGAAACUAGGAGCCGAAUGUACGUGCAGAGGGGAUCCUUUCGCAAAUCUCAGAGGUCCUGGCUCCAAGCUGAUCAACUCGUCCAAGGGUAAGGUGGACUUGUCCAACUACGACGAGUCAGAGAUCUACGUGGACCUUGAAAAGGAAGGCUCCUACGAGUCUCAAGAUUACCAAGUAACCAAUCACGAGUCGUCAUCGUCGUUGUCGUCGAAGCAACCGGUCAAGAUCUACAACGAACUCUCACAAGCUAUAGGGGCCACGAGCACUCAAGCUCCAUCGUUCGCUUACCUGCCGAGCGUUGGAUCUAGCUCCUCGGGAUUCACUGCCAAUUUCAGAUCAUCUGCCAAGAGUCUGAGCCAGGGUAAACGCCUAGCCGUGGAACGUUCCGUCGUGGAUGCUCCUGAUGACGAUUCCAGUUCCGAUCGUUCCGAAGAGACAGACGCCUCGGAGGAGAUCAUCGACGGAAGCGCCCAUUGCGCGAGACCGGGUCUCUUCAGACACCCUAACUUCUGCAACAAGUUCUACGCCUGCCAUUGGGACGAAUGGAAGAAGAGGUUCACCCUUCACGUGUUCAAAUGCCCCGUGCAUUUGACUUUCGACAAGGCAGCGGCCGCUUGCAACUGGCCCAGCAUGGGCCCCGCUUGUCAGGACGAUAAUUUGUUAGUUUAGACGGCUCGCCAGCACUUAUCGAUCUCGCGCGUCGCGGGCUUCUCUCGGUUCUCCAUUGAGACAUUGGCAAUGAAAAUUUGAACGCGGAGAGAAGUUCAUUGAUCGAUCUUGGUCUAAUUUUUCGGGCUGUUGUUUUAACUGCUUUAAAUGUCGAGAGGUCUCUUAUUUAAUUAGUCUCCUUCGAUCGUGUUUCCCAAUUUUUCUUAACAUUUAUUGUAUUUCUAUCGGAAAUUUUAAUUUACUUUCAAUAUUCUUCAAAGUUUUAAAUCUACGUUUUCAAUGUCGUUCGUAUUUAAAAUAUUGGUCACGCUGAAUGGCUGAACAGGCUGUGUAAAUCGCUCGACAAGACACACGGAGCUGACGAUUAAUUGUAACGCGGUAACGGUUCGCGUUCGGUUUCUUUUCCGCAGUUGAAACACGCGGAACGGAGAGAGAAUGGCGACAGAGAGGAAGAAAGAUCCAGAGGAGGAUCGAGGCGCCGCGGCGCGAAAGCACACUGUCCGGAGUGAAAGUCAAGCUGCUGUGCUCGCGCGAGAAGUCGAUGGUGCGUGCGAUUCGACGUCCGAGAAUCGUUGUACAUAACGUGGCCUACUCUUCCAAAUUUGUACAUAACGACGAGUUGUUAACUUCUAAAAAAAAAAAAAAAAAAAAAAAAAACAGGGAAGAAAUUGGAUAUCUUUAAAACUUGAU